AUGGAAUCUCAUCCGCAACGGAUUUCAAGUGAACCAACACAUAAUGACACAACAGAAUAUGUGCUUCAACCGUAUGCUACCCCCUCUGAAGCUUUAAGACAAAGUAAUAGAGAUGUAUAUACCGACGUAAAACCUCACAAAUGCGGAGUAUGUGACAAAAUAUUUAAGUACAAAAGUGAUUUGCAUAUUCAUGAAAUAACUCAUACAAGUGAAAAACCAUAUCAAUGCGAAAUUUGUGAUAAAUCAUUUAAUCGACAAUGUAGUCUAAACGACCACAAGUUUGUACAUACCGAAGUGAAAUCUCACAAAUGCGGAGUGUGUGGUAAAGCAUUUAAGAGAAAACGUGAUUUGCGUCAGCAUGAAAAUAUUCAUGCUACAGGUGAAAAACUAUAUCAAUGCGAAUUUUGUGAUAAAUCAUUUAAUCGAAAAUCGAGUCUAAACUCGCACAAGACAGUACAUAUCGAAGAGAAAUCUCACAGAUGCGGAGUGUGUGGUAAAACAUUUAAGAGAAAAAGUGAUUUGCAUAAGCAUGAAAUAAUUCAUACAGGUGAAAGACCAUAUCAAUGCGAAUUUUGUGAUAAAUCAUUUAAUCGAAAGUCGAGUCUAAACUUUCACAAGGUGGUACAUAACGAAGAGAAACCUCACAGAUGCGGAUCGAAAAUCGAUUUAAACUUGCACAAGGUGGUACAUAUCGAAGUGAAAUCUCACAAAUGCGGAGUGUGUGGUAAAACAUUUAAGAGAAAAAGUGAAUUGUAUCAGCAUGAAAAAAUUCAUACAGGUGAAAGACCAUAUCAAUGCGAAUUUUGUGAUAAAUCAUUUAAUCGAAAGUCGAGACUAAACUUUCACAAGGUGGUACAUAACGAAUUGAAAUCUCACAAAUGCGGAGUGUGUGGUAAAACAUUUAAGAGAAAAUAUUAUUUGCGUCGACAUGAAAAAAUUCAUACAGGUGAAAAACCAUAUCAAUGCGAAUUUUGUGAUAAA